CGUGCCAAAGAAGUUGGUACAGCUUCGAUGUGGGACGAUUGUGUUCACUGUUAACACGCAGACUUUUUACAUAUCAAAGCACACAGAUAGAAGUAAGAACGUCGUAGCGUAGUGCAGGGUUAGAGUAAUGACAAAGAAAGACGCCCAGCCUCCAUGCUUACUUUUAACAAAAAAGAAGUUAUGGAUUCUAACGACGGGAGGAAGAGACGCAAGGUAAGCGGCUUUGUGCGGGGCUGCAGGCGGAGUGUGGCCGGAAAGAUGAAACGAGAGAUGAGCAAAGUCCUGCGCUCCAUAGCGCUGGACGAUAACAACCAUAAAGAGCUCGUGCAGGGGGAAGAGGACGACUACGACUGCUUCCCCAUCAGUUUCCUCCGCAGUGACCUAUUGGAACCCCACUUGGUCGUGGCUCCCCGGUACAGCCUGCUACGAGAGGUCGGUCGUGGAAGCUACGGGGUGGUGUACGAGGCUGUAGCUCGGAAAACAGGGGCCAGGGUAGCGGUGAAGAGGCUGCAGUGUGACGCCCCGGAGAAAGUGGAGUUGGCGCUAGCCGAAUUCUGGGCCUUGACGAGCUUGGAGAACCGACACCAGAAUGUAGUCCAGCUGGAAGAGUGUGUCCUGCAGAGGAACGGCUUGGCCCAGAAGAUGAGCCACGGAAACAAGAAAUCCAAGCAGUAUUUGCGGCUCGUGGAGACGUCACUCAAAGGAGAGCGUAUUCUGGGCUACUCGGAGGAACCAUGUUACCUUUGGUUUGUUAUGGAGUUUUGUGACGGUGGGGACCUUAACCAGUACAUUUUGUCCCGCCGGCCUGAUCCCCAGACCAACAGGAACUUUAUGCGCCAGCUGACCAGUGCUGUGGCUUUCCUGCACAGGAACAGUAUCGUCCACCGCGACCUUAAACCAGACAACAUUCUUAUCUCACAGAAGUCUGGUUUUCCUAUUCUUAAAGUGGCUGACUUUGGACUCAGUAAGGUUUGUGCUGGUCUGACCUCCAGAAACGGUGAAGAACAUCCCGUAGCAGGAGCAGGCGCCCGAGGGAGCAUCCAGAACAGCUCGGUCAACAUAAACAAAUUCUGGUUGUCAUCAGCCUGCGGCUCGGACUUCUACAUGGCUCCUGAGGUGUGGGAGGGUCACUACACAGCCAAGGCUGACAUCUUUGCUCUGGGCAUCAUCAUCUGGGCAAUGAUCGAAAGGAUUACAUUUAUUGAUGCAGAGUCCAAGCGUGAACUGCUGGGUACUUAUGUUCGGCAAGGCUCGGAAAUUGUCCCUGUUGGGGAGGCUUUGCUGGAGAACCCCAAGAUGGUGCUCCAUAUUCCUCAGAAGGCCAGAAGCUCCAUGUCUGAGGGGGAGAAGAAACUCCUCCACGAGAUGCUUGCAGUAAACCCUCAGGACCGACCGGACGCCCUCCAGCUGGAGGUGCGGAUGGACCAAGUCACAUGUGCUGUUUGACAGACAGCACCUCCUAUAACCUCUUAUUUCCCUUACCACUCAAAGAAGGGACAUUUCAACUUCCCAGGUAUCGACUCCAGUGGAAAAACGGACCCUGACAAGCAGAAUUGUGAGGAAUCUUCAAUCAUAAUUUGAGCGCAGAGUGACAGACCGCUCACUCCGAAACAGUCUGGACCAGUGUGCAAGUCAAACCACAACGACGCACUUCCAACUCCACGUAGUUCCAACACAGUCACUGUGGUGCUUUGGGCUGGGGACGAUUGGAGCACAUCGUUUCUCUGAGAGCGACCUGGGCGUGAAACUGUGCGUCUAAUGUUUUGUAGUGGUGGACUUUUGUUCCCAUCCUUCCCAGUAUAGGCCUGUUCUUAAUUGUGUAAGGUCUGUGACUGUGGCACAGGUUACUGUAUGUCAUUGCACUCUACUGUACCAGUAUUCAAUCAUUGUACUAAUGAUAGCAGUAGCUGUAAACGGUUGACAUUCACCUCCCAGUGCAAUCUUGUGCCUUAACAGUGAUGUACACCAAGUGCACUUUGAUUUCUAAAACUAUUUUGUGGGUCGCUUUUGAAAGUUCACACCAAGAAGGAAAUUUACUGGAACCCCUUUCAUCUCAUGUGAGCUGAGCAACUGAGUCUUCUGCUUUCAGUGGCGUUUGACACAAUAUCCCAGGCUGCAUUAAUAUCAUAUGGGAACGUGCCUCCCUCUGUCCAAACACUGAAGUACAAUCAUGAAACUGAAGCUGAGACAUUGAUUUAAACCAAUGACAGGUGAAGUGAUUAAUGUUGAUUACAUUGAGGUCAGUUCUACAGCACAGUGAGUAGCACUGUUCCCAACGUCUGGUUUCAUGGAGGCCCUCUCUCAAAACCAUCGGGGCCCGAGGCAUCCCAACAUGCUAGUGCCAGACACAACAGGACACCCCCAGAGUUUCUUCCUGUCAGUGUCCUGACAGGUCCGAGGUGUUUCGGGGUCGUGAUCAGUGUCGCACUGGAGAAACACUGUGCGCAUAUGAUCAGUUUUGUCCUCUGAAGGAAAAGCAGCAGGCCUGUAUCAGCUCCACACAACCCUCCAGCAGGGAGUUCACACUAUCCUGUUGGACAUUUGUUCCUGAUUAAUCCAAAGAGCACCUGAUGGAAAAGCGCAUCUAUGUGGUAACGUGUAGUCAUCCAUGUUGAAAAGAUGCUGAGGAUGGUUCUGUAUUCUUUUGAUUGGUGCAGCGUGAAUCAUGUGUAUCGGGUCAUAUCUAAGCAGCACUGACCCGUUUAUGGCAGAAGGACCUCUGAUUAGCAUUUGGAGACGAUUCCCCAAACCAGCCACUGAAGUGUGUUAGACUCUUUGCAGUGUCGAGUGAUGCUGUGGUUGGACAGACGCUUGUGGUUGGCUGAUCGGAGCCCCUGUAACUCCUGGGAAACUUUUGGGAUUUUUGACUUUAUUUGUGAAAACUGGUCACUCCAGAAAAUGUAUAAAGCCAUGAGGCUUGAAGGAAAAGAGCAAAAUACAGCACAGCAACUUUAGAAGAAGAGCGCAGUGUUAGAUAGCUCUUCUAGCCUUCACUCCAGCAUAGACCCAAGGAGCUCCUUUGGCUUUCACAUCACUGUAUUACAUGGUAGUAUAAUACAGUAGAUUUUGAGGUGUUUUGUGAUGUACCUCUACCUCAUUCUCUGCACUCUGAAACCUCUUUCUUAGCUUUACUGUCUCUGUAGCAACCUUUAUCUUAGUCUGUGAUACAAGACGCACUUUGAGUGGGAUAGAUUUUUACCUCAGACUCAAUGACUUAUUUUAAUUCAACCUCUCACUGAUAUGUAUUUUUUGUUUUUUCUUUUGCUUAGUGACCACGUAUCCCAUUGUAACAUCUACAUCUGCAGGGUCUUCUGUCAUAGAUACUGUAUAACAGAGCAAUAAAUGUUGUCUUUAUUUAACAAUGACAGCUCCAGCUCAGAAUAGUUUUAAUGGCAGUUUGUGAAACACAAAUUUUAAUUGGUUAUGGUCAUGGACACGAAGAUGUGUGGGUAAGAAAUAAAUUAAACAAAUGGUGACAGAAAGUCACAAGUCUACAUACAGAAACACAUAGAUUGGAUUGCUUAAAGUAUUUCCAUAAGAACAGUGUUUGAAGGCGGAUUCACCUGCAGAAGCAUUGAAACCUGGCCAAGCAGUGCGAUUUAGUGUUGUUGUGGGACGUCACAAACAUGUUUGUAAUGUUUACACACUUAUAAACUCGUUGUGAAGCAUACUGCGAAGUGCACCCACACUAAUUCCUUGGAUCCAUUUCUGAGAGCCAUUUGUGGUAAAUGCUAACACAACUUGAAUGUGUUAUUAAAUUUGUGGUGAGUUUAAACCUUUGGAGUUUUGCUAAUAGGCUAGCGUAACAUCGACAGUCUUCCUUUUGAAUUUUUGGGUUGUUGAAUUUCUCAGCUGCUCAGGAGUUUUGGUCACAUUCAUUUUUCUAUAAGCACUAAAGGCGAGGUUGAUACCAAACUGUUAUUCCUAAAGGCUUUACACACCUGCCCUGCUGCCACUUUCUGUACGAGUCGGCUCGUUUAGUUCUCUCGAGACUCGUAAUGAUUCCACUUUAAACCACUUUACUAUGCAAAAUGGUUCUGCCACAAUGUGAGCACCACACAGAGCCACAAGUUCACAAGCUGUUGUAAGAUCUUGAAUUCCUCUAGUGCUGAUUUCCAGUAAGUGCAGAAAUGUUUCUUUGACAUGUUGUUACAUAAAUACUGUUUUUGUAACUAAAGCUGACAGGAGCCAUUAGAGAACCAAGAAAGCAUUGUUUUUCUGUAACUAUGUAACUAUUCUCUGAAUAAAUGGUUAAAACUGUAAA